UCCGCCAUCUUUGCUUCCAUUCCUCUCCAUCCCUCCCGCACGCACGCACCUACCCUCCGCCAUCGCCGUCGUGCUCCGAUCUGCAGCCUCCCCUCCCGAACGCCUUCGAAGGGGGCGGGGCCGAGCUGCCCCCCAUCUCGGUUCGAAUCGAAUCGAAUCGAAGGGAAAUGCUUGUGAUGCUCGAGAUUAGGUGUGUGAUGACGAGAUAAUCUUUGCAUGCGAUGCUGGGUGGUAAAAAAAGGUCACUUUAGGAUGAGAUUGGUUUGAACCAUUGCUUCGAUCAAUGAACAUCUUACUAGAGCUAAAGCAUCUCAAGCACAUCAGCUUGCCGGCGCGGCCUGUCAUCUGCAAAGGACUGCUUAUUGUGAUUGCCCUCAUUGUGUUGAGGGCAAUUGUAACCCCGUUUCUCGCCGUUAACUCGUCUGAGAAGGAGGGUUUUUAUGACUCGACGACCGAUUUGCUGCCUGGGAUUAGGCGAGACAAGUUUAUUGAGGUUCCGCAGAUUAUAUGGGGGCUGAACAAUCAGAAGAUUGCAUUUGCCAGAGCAUGCUUGACGGCGAGAUUCCUCAACCGGUCUCUGCUCAUGCCUAGCUUGAGUGCUUCACUUUUCUACAAAGAGGUUGACUUGCUGCGACCAAUCACUUUUGACAAGGUGUUUGACUUUACCAAGUUCAAUGCCCGUUGCCAGGGUUUUGUAAGGUUAGCUCGGUAUUCGGAAGUUUCAAAUCAAACCAAGCCUUUCAAACUCCAAAAGGGAAGUGGUAGAAGGUGGACAGUGGAGAAAGAUUUGGAUCAACUACUACAGUACAGAAGGGGUGAGGCAGAUGACUCCGAAGUUAUUGAAAUCAUCGGGAAACAUCCAUUUUUGUGGCCUGACCACUGGCCAGUGAAAGACUAUGCCAGAAUUUUCGAUUGCCUUGCCUUAGCUCCAGAGAUAGAAGCUGAAGUGGUUAAGGUCAUAUCCAAGAUUAGAGAGGCAGGCCUAAAAGCAAGACAUGAGGCUGGUAUUUCUCAUAAUAAGCAUGCAAAAGAAGGUACAGUUAAUCCACCUGUGCCAUAUAUUGCUGUCCACAUGAGGAUAGAAAAAGAUUGGAUGAUCCAUUGUAAGAAGUGGGAGCAGCGUUCCAAUUCGAAUGAAAUCUGCAGCAGUAAAGAAGAGAUCAUUCAUAAGGUCUCGCAGAUCACUGACCUGCGUCGGCCAGUUGUGGUUUAUCUUGCAGUAGCUGACAGCCUUCUUGAAGAUGAUUCGAUAACUAGUGGCUGGAGAGUGGGCAUGGUUGCUUUCGAGAAGAAGAGACUUGGAGUUACUGACAUCUAUAAUAGGCAACCCUAUCUUAUAAAGUCUGCUAUUGACUUCGAGGUGUGCGCGAGAGCAGACGUGUUUGUUGGCAAUAGCUUCUCAACAUUUUCCAACCUUGUAGUGCUGUCAAGAACUCAAAGGCUAUAUGACAUGGGAAAGGCAAGCUCUUGUGGGGAGAAUGUCGGACUUUCAUCCUACGCAUACAAUGUUAUCGGAGACGAUGGUGGGCCGCAGAGAUGGAUGACGGAUAUGUCAGACACAAGCCUCCAGAACUUGAGUUACGGAACAAAUAAUAUCUCAUGCCACUGACUUAUGACAUAAAACACUUGACUGAACACGAUCAUACACACAAUGGAUGAUUCUUGGCAGAAUUUUAUCUACAAACAAAGGACCAUGUUAGAAGGUGGAUAUCAUCAUGCCACACCUGUGAGACUUUGGCCAAGAAUUGUCUGUAGACCUUUGUCAGUAUACAAAAACAGUUCCCUGAAGAACAUUGACUUGUAUUGAACAGUCUUUAGUUUGUAAAGUUAAAUAUUGUGUGGUACUUUGUACUUCUCCGUAACUCUUUUAUGCCAUGGUUUCAGAAAGCAGCUUCAUACUGGA